AUGUCUCCUGCAAUGGCAGUAAGUGAUCAAAGUGGUGGUGAUGAUGAUACACGAGGAAAUCAAUAUCAGAAAGGGGUGAAGCAGCUUGUUGAAAGUGGCCUUCACACGAUACCUAAAAAGUACAUACUUCCUGCUUCAGAUCGACCUGUUACAAAUACAGAACAUCCAAAUGUUGCUAAGCAAAAUCUUGAGCUACCCAUCAUUGAUUUUUCUGAUUUGCUUGGUCCAAGUAGACCCCAAGCCCUUCAAUCCUUAGCCAAUGCUUGUGAACGGUACGGAUUUUUUCAGCUGGUGAACCAUGGCAUCUCAGAUGAAAUUAUAAAGAGCAUGAUGGAUGUGAGUGGAAGGUUCUUUGAUCUUCCUUUUGAGGAAAGAGCCAAGUACAUGACAACUGAUAUGAAAGCAGUGGUUCGAUAUGGAACUAGCUUCAGCCAAACCAAAGACACCGUGUUCUGUUGGAGGGACUUCUUGAAACUCCUCUGCCAUCCCUUGCCUCAUUUCCUACCCCAUUGGCCUUCUUCCCCCGUGGACUUUAGGCAAGUGGCGGCUACCUACGCGGAAGAAACCAAAAACUUAUUCCUGAGGUUAAUGGAAGCCAUCAUAGAGAGCUUAGGAAUAACGGAAGCCAACGAGGCAGAAGGAAAGGACAAUAUUAUGAAAGACUUGGAAGAUGGGAGCCAGAUGAUGGUGGCCAAUUUCUACCCACCAUGCCCUGAACCAGACCUAACCCUUGGGUUACCCCCUCACUCUGAUUAUGGCCUCCUCACACUCCUACUACAAGAUGAGGUGGAGGGUUUGCAGAUCCAAUUCCAAGGGAAAUGGUUCAUUGUUCAUCCUAUUAACAACGCCUUCGUUGUCAACGUUGGUGAUCACCUAGAGAUAUAUAGCAACGGGAAAUACAAGAGCGUGUUACAUAGGGUUGUGGUGAAUGCAGUGAAGAGUAGGACAUCGGUGGCUUCACUUCAUAGCCUUCCUUUCAAUUGCACAGUGAGACCGUCACCCAAACUCAUUAAUGAAGCCAAUCCCAAACGUUACGCAGACACCGAUUUUGAUACUUUUCUUGCUUACGUCUCCACCACAGAGCCCAAGAGAAAAGAUUUCCUUGACUCUAGGAAAUUGACUUCUACAUGACUAGAACGAA